GAGGAACCGUCCCUGGGUCCCCGCUCCGGCGCGGAGACCACCGUGGACCUCCGGGGACGGGAGGCCGCUCUGGCCCCAAGCGGAGCCUCUCGCUGGUAGACGGGUUCACAGGAGCCACUCUGGGCGCAGCGCGGCUGAGCUGCUCGAUGCUCCCGCCGGAAGUGCUCUUCACCGCCUGCCUCCCACCCGGCUCUCUGGUCCCGGCGGUAAGAUGGCGGCUGCCGCGGAGUGCGAUGUGGUAAUGGCGGCGACCGAGCCAGAGCUGCUGGACGACAACGAAGCCAAGAGGGAAGCAGAGACUUUCAAGGAACAAGGAAAUGCAUACUAUGCCAAGAAAGAUUACAAUGAAGCUUACAACUAUUACACAAAAGCCAUAGAUAUGUGUCCUAAAAAUGCUAGCUAUUAUGGGAAUCGAGCAGCCACCUUGAUGAUGCUUGGGAAGUUUCGGGAAGCUCUUGGAGAUGCACAGCAGUCAGUAAGGUUGGAUGACAGCUUCGUCCGGGGACAUCUACGAGAGGGCAAAUGUCACCUAUCUCUUGGAAAUGCCAUGGCUGCAAGUCGCAGUUUCCAGAAAGCUCUAGAACUGGAUCACAAAAAUACUCAGGCACAGCAGGAGUUCAAGAACGCUAAUGCGGUCAUAGAAUAUGAGAAAAUAGCAGAAACGGAUUUUGAGAAGCGAGAUUUUCGAAAGGUUGUCUUCUGCAUGGACCGUGCCCUAGAAUUUGCCCCUGCUUGUCAUCGCUUCAAAAUUCUCAAAGCAGAAUGUUUAGCAAUGCUGGGUCGUUACCCAGAAGCACAGUCUGUGGCCAGCGACAUUUUGCGAAUGGAUUCCACCAACGCAGACGCUCUGUACGUACGAGGUCUUUGCCUUUAUUAUGAAGAUUGUAUUGAGAAGGCAGUUCAGUUUUUCGUUCAGGCUCUCAGGAUGGCCCCUGAUCACGAGAAGGCCUGCGUUGCUUGCAGAAAUGCCAAAGCACUUAAAGCAAAGAAAGAAGAUGGGAAUAAAGCGUUUAAAGAAGGAAAUUACAAGCUAGCAUAUGAAUUGUACACAGAAGCCCUGGGGAUAGACCCCAACAAUAUAAAGACAAAUGCUAAACUCUACUGUAAUCGGGGUACGGUUAAUUCCAAGCUUAGGAAACUAGAUGACGCCAUAGAAGACUGUACAAAUGCGGUGAAACUUGAUGACACGUACAUAAAAGCCUACUUGAGAAGGGCUCAGUGUUACAUGGACACAGAACAGUAUGAAGAAGCAGUGCGGGACUAUGAGAAGGUGUAUCAGACGGAGAAAACUAAAGAACAUAAACAGCUCCUGAAAAAUGCACAGCUGGAACUAAAGAAGAGUAAGAGGAAAGAUUACUACAAGAUCCUGGGCGUGGACAAGAAUGCCUCCGAGGAUGAGAUCAAGAAAGCCUACCGGAAACGGGCCUUGAUGCACCAUCCAGAUCGGCACAGCGGAGCUAGUGCUGAAGUUCAGAAGGAGGAGGAGAAAAAGUUCAAAGAAGUCGGAGAAGCUUUUACCAUUCUCUCUGAUCCCAAGAAAAAGACUCGCUAUGACAGUGGACAGGACCUGGAUGAGGAGGGCAUGAAUAUGGGUGACUUCGAUGCAAACAAUAUCUUCAAGGCGUUCUUUGGCGGUCCUGGGGGAUUCAGCUUUGAAGCGUCUGGUCCGGGAAAUUUCUUUUUCCAGUUUGGCUAGUGAAGGGAAACGAGCCAGACCCAGAAAAUGCAGACUUGCUCAGUGUAACCUUGAAUGUGGACACAAUUGCCCUGCUCCCUUCACCAUGACUCCACGUGCUAGAGCAGUUUCGUUUUCUCAGUUGGAUCCCGUGUCUGUGAGUGGGGUGAAGGAAGAGCCAGCGCCCAAGACUGCGGGGAGGGGAGGGAGGCGGGGGGCGGACAGGGAGGCAGCUUGUGAAUUUUUUGUUUUACUGUUUAACUUUAUUAAAAAAGGAAAAAAAAAUUAAA